AUGAACAACGCCUCCAAAUUCUCCCUCUACGUCUUCCUCAUUAUCCUCGGCUGCGUCGUUUUUGUCCUUCUGGGAUUCGGGAUCUGGACCAUGUACCACGGCAUCGAAGACGACAAUUACCGCGAUAUCUCCUACGAACAGCGCAAAUAUAUGCGCGAGGUGCGGCAGCGCAUGCUGAACCGGAUGGCGGUUGAAGCGCGCAGGCCUGAUAUGAUUGUUCCGAUUGAAGAGUUGAAUUACUAG